AUGCCGUGGUGGGCGGUCCUCGCAGCUGCAACGCUUGCAUCGCGUGCUGCGCUCUCGGCGCCGCUCUCGACCGCCAUGCACUUGCUCACAGCCCGCGCUGUCAACGCGGCUGCUGAGGCCAAGGCCGGCGCGCAGGCGACGCUCAUCGCUACUGCCGCGGCGUGUAAGCGCCGCGGUCUGCCCUUUGAAGAGUUCAAGGCCGAGCUGGCGCGGGCGUCAGCGGCGGCGGCCAAGGUUGCGGCGGCCAAGCACGGUGCAGCGCCUAGCCUACCGCUGCCUGGCGGCCGCGCUGUUCCGUUGCAUGUCUUCCUCCCCUGGCUCCAAAUCCCGGUCUGGAUCACCGCCUCGUUGACCAUCCGGUCGAUGGCGGCGUUCCCUGCGCUCGGCCUCGCCACGCCCGACGCGCCCGUGGCCGGCUUUGCUUCGGGCGGCACUGCAUGGUUUGGCGAUCUCGCUGCGCCGGACCCGCUCCUCCUCCUCCCGACCGCCAUUGUCAUCCUCAAUCUCGCCAAUCUCGAGUUUAUGGCACUUUCGGCGCCGGCCGAGGCCAAGGGCGCCGCCAAGAUCCUCACCAACGUCCUCCGCGGUCUCUCCAUCUUCUCCUUCCCGCUGCUUGUCUCCAUGCCGGCCGGGCUCACCUGGUACUGGGCGCUCUCGUCGGGCUACGGCCUCGCCCAGUCGGUUACGCUGCGCAUUCCCCGCGUCCGCCGCGCCCUCGGCAUCCCGCACACCCCAAUGGAGGACGCGCCGACCGUGUGGAGCCAGAGGCUGGCUGCGCUACGGGCGUCUAAAGCGUCCAAGUCCGAGCCGUAG